AUGAGACUCAUCAACACCAAGACCUACCAGUUAUUCGAGGAGGAUGAGCUACUUAAGGGGGGCACAUCAUUCCCACGUUACGUUAUACUAUCGCACACCUGGUUGCCUUCUACCAACAGCCAUCCAGCAGAGGUCACAUAUGAAGACAUGAGAACGUCCUCCACCGUGCCACUUCAAAGACGGUCGAAAGAAUCCGGCUGGUCAAAACUCCAGAACUAUUGUCAACGCGCUAGAGCAGACGGUUUCGAAUGGGCCUGGAUGGACACAUGCUGCAUCGACAAGUCCAACGCCGCAGAAACACAACAAGCUAUAAACGCCAUGUUUCGCUGGUACAGAAAUGCAUACCUGUGUUAUGCAUAUCUCGUAGACUUUGAACUCCCACCUACCGCAAACGCACAAGCUUUUGACGAAGAAUCUUGCGGUUCAGUGUGGUUCACUAGGGGAUGGACUCUUCAGGAGCUUCUAGCACCACGAGAGGUUGUCUUCCUAAACAGAAAUUGGGAAAGUCUUGGAACUCGAGGGGACUUGAGUGAUAGGCUCUUCGCAGUCACGGGCAUUGGGUAUGAGAACCUGACUCGUUUUGAACCACGAGACUUGACCAGGGCGUCAAUAGCCGCCAAGCUAUCCUGGGCAUCCCAGCGGCAGACGACAUAUGAGGAAGACGAGGUUUACUGCCUAUUUGGCAUUUUUGGUGUGUCUUUGGCCCUAAUGUACGGCGAAGGCAGGGAGGCGGCAUUCAGGAGAUUUCAAGAAGAGCUGAUUCAGCAAUUCGAUGACGAUUCCAUUUUUGCCUGGACCGCUCCAAGUCCUGCUCAUACUAGAAGGUCUUUACCGAGUCUCGAGUGGCCACCGAUAGCCGUUCAAGAAGCAAACCCUGAUGAAGCAUAUUGGAGUCCUAGCGCUUCGUUGCCAGUGCUCGCCAAAUACAUCACCUGGUUUAGAGACUCUUUUUCAGUCAAGUACUCUCCUAGUUGCGAAAACAAUCACGCCUCUCAAGUCAGGGGCCCUUCUUCAAUGGGCACCUUCAGCCACGACCCUGUCGGCGGGUUCUCCAUGAUGAACGGGCGAUUGAGCAUCUCUAGACAUAUAUUUAACUGUCAGCGCCUCGACGAUAUUUUCAUUUUGCAGCUCAAUUGCUGGGUGAACUCGGGGCCGCCAUUCAGAAUCGGUGUACCAAUAUGGCUAAGAGACAACUCACGAGUAGCCUGGCCACUAUUGGGACUGCUGCAAAGCCGUCCACCAAGGCCCCUGGCCUGGCGAACAUUUCAACCUGACCACACUGACGAGUUUUAUAUAUUCACGAGCAACACUGGUUUCUUGAAAAGACUGAUUCUCGAUUGUACAGGCCCUCAACUCUCUAUCCAACCAGACCUCUCGAGACAGCAGCCAUUGUUCCUCCGGUGGCAAGACUCAGAGUCCGUCGUUUGUUCAUAUACCAAAUUUAUACGCGCUCCACCAAUCACGUACCAUUUGCGCCCAAAGUCGACUAUGCUAUCAUCCGGGACGGCGAUUCACUCAACUCCGGUAUUCCACUUCCGCAUUGAGCCGGGUGACAUGCUGGAAGUCGCCUUGACGCUUGAGUUGGUAGACUCGGACGGAUAUCAUUUCAUGCUUGUUGCCAGUAUCUCCAGCGAGGGGCUUGAGCGAAUUUGGCGGAACCCAGUGAAUAACAUACCUGAACCUGUUGCUACUGCAGAGGGCCAUCAACCGCAAUGUACGCAUGAGAAGCUCGUAUGGCGGCUUCGAGACACGGACAUCCACGUGCGAAUUCAGCCUUGUUCGCCAGCGCUAUUUACCACCAGUCCCGAGGCUGUCAAGGCAUACGUGCUGAAAGUUGAGAUUGAGAAUAUUGAGGCUAUGAGAUUCACGGGCCAUACGUCGAGGGCUCGAGACUGGAAGCGUGAUAUGGGGCAUACCCAUCUAGUAAAUGGCCCUAGGGCUCCGCCAGCGACACCAGCAUCAUCAGUAACCUCAUCUCAAUGA